AUGGCGCCUGAAAAAACUUGGAUUGUUCACUCCUGGACGUUGUUGCAGAAUCGGCCGCACGUGCCCAAGUUCGGCACCUGGGACAAAGACAAUGUCGGGUACACGGCCUACUUCGACAAGGUGCGCGAGAACAAGGGCGCCACCGCGCCGCCGCUGCACCGGCCGUUCAACCCCAACGACCCCGAGGAGGGGCCCAUGAUGAGCGUCCCCCCGCCGUCGUCCUCGAGGCCGGCGACCUCGGGCGGCCUCCGGGAGCCGCAGCAGAGACACCACCACCGGCGGGCCGACAGCAGCAGCAGCAGCGCGGCGUCCGACCCGGGCGGCAGGGCCGCCGAGCAGAGCAAGUUCGCGCCGCCGCCGCAGUACUACUACCAGUACCAGCAGCGGCCGAGCCCAGAGCCGGCGGCGCAGCAGUACCACUACCAUGGCGGCCACCACCAGCACCACGACGGCCACCACCACCAGCACCAACCCCAGGCCGCGCACGGGCCUGGCGGAGGCGGCGGCCACCGCACCUCGCAUGCGCAGAGGCACCACCGCCAGGCCGGGCCGGCGGCGCGCGCGCGCUCCGCCUCGCCGCAGAGCAACGCCCCGAGCCGGCAGCGGGCGUCGGCCGUGCCCAAGUUCGGCGUGUGGGACGAGCAGACCGCGGCGGCGGCGGCGCAGGGGUUCACGGUGCAGUUCGAGAACGUGAAGCGGCACCGGGAGGUGGCCCGGACCGCGGUGCCGUCCGUGCCGCGCGCGCCGUCGCCGCCGGAGGGCGGCGCGGCGAGGCACGCCGCCCACCAUCACGGCCACAAGCCCCCCUUCGUGUCCAAGAUGUUCGGAUGCUUCCUUCCCCCGGCCAAACACUGA